UGGUCAUCAUCAGUUUUGCAAUGACUGACCUUCAUAGUUCAUUGAAAAUGAGAUCAUAUUGAGAUGAUGAAGACAAAAGUAGCGUCAUGUUGCAACAUUUUUUCCUGAACAUCAUCUAAUUUUAGUAACUCUACCUCCAUGGCUCCACUUAGGGAGCGCUAUGCUAUUCAAGCCCUCAAUCUUUAUGUUGCGUAUUAGAAAUUGUGUGACUAGUUUAAAUUAUCAUGUCAUGGGAAGUGCAAGAGGAGCUGUAUCUGAAAAGCCUCUUGAGAAAUACCACUGGGAAGGAGGACCCAGUUCCAGUAUCAUUAAGCUAUGCAAAGACAGAACUUUUUGAUAUUGACAAGACUGUGAACGCGGUACCUCUGGAUGAUCUACAGUCGACUUCACAUCAGCAACUUCAUCCCAAUAAUGUUGAAGAUGCUGAAGAAGAUGAUGAAGAUGAAGAAGAAAUGGACUCUGAAGAUUGCCAGGGGAACCAGGAGGAGGAUGGAAUCAACAAAGAUCUCAUGGCAUUGAUGAGACAGAUGCAAGGGGAAGACUCGUACGAAGAGGAUUUUGGAGAUGAAAUUUGAAGCCAGGAGGUUGAUAGAAAUAAGUAUCAAACAGUUGCAAGGAGCAGACUGGAUGUCAAAGAUGACUUUCUCGUGUUGCCGUGGAACUUUGGCAAAUGGGGGAGGAUAGGCGAGCUAUACGAGGUGUUGCCAGAAGAGGACGAGGGAUAGGGGAGGAAAUAAUGAAAACGAUACAUGUAAAAUGUCAUCGCAUGCAGUAGACGCAAGGAUCAGAUGUACAGUGUCUACUAGAGUGAGUUUUGGAUUCAGAAUAAGGCCAGAGAGAGGAAAAUGGCAGAGGAGGAUAAGAUUGCAUUGCGAGAACCAUCUGAUAGAAAUCUAAGAUGAGAUUAGAAUGAAGAACAAGUUGAGAAGUCCCAAGUAUUUCGAAAGGACUUCCUGUGAAGAUAUCGAAAAGUAGUGUGAUCGCAGACUUGUGCACGGAGAUGUUGCCAUAGAAACCACAUGUUGCCAAGACACUAAUGGAGGGGGGGGGUAAGAUGAAAUAACUUUGUCACUCCGGUGUUGGGAUCAGACGCAUGCCAAGUUUCAGAAAUGCUGCUAUAGAGCUUUGAGAAGAUGCAGAAAUCAAGCCAUCGGAAUUUACAGGGCUUCAAUAAGAUUUUAACAAAGAUGAGUUUUGAUGUUACGGGGAUGAUGCGAGGACAUGUAUUUUUGAUUGAUGUCGGAUCGUUUUUGUUUACGCCACCAAAGAACUAGAAGUUGGAAUUGUGUUAAUGGUGUAACAAAAAAUAAACGUUGACAAAUAAACGUUAUGGCAUAAUCUGAGAAAAGUUGGCAUUCCCGUGUUUGCUAUUGUGCUUUGCUUUACUGUUAUGAUCCAAAGAAAUUUAGUCACAACAUUAAGGAAGUACAGAAACUACAAAUGGAAUUUUAGUGCUCUCAAUUUUGGUUUAUUAGAUUUAUAUCGCUCUAUUCACGUGUACAAAGCUGUAAUGAUGGCCACUUUGUACAAAAAUGCUCCAUGUGCCAAACUUUUGUUACAAUAAUCUCUUGACUCAGUAAAAUUAUCUUUCCAACUUGCAGUAAACUUCUAACCACAUUUAUAUAAUAUGAUGGUAAUGAUCUGUACCUCUCUAAAAAUCGUUCUCUCACAGCUGAUGACAUUACGCUAGGAACCUUUUCAGAAAUCUUAAAUUCAAACACUGGCCAGCCAGUCCAGCCAGUCCCCAACAGUACAUUUGUAACACGUACCUUCAUAAACCAAUGGUGUCGAUAUCAAGCCAACACACAGGGUUGGACUUUGGGGAAAUCUGGGGUUGUUUUCCCCAACGGUUUAAUGACUCAUGACUGGUGGUCUUUUCGCCUAACAACGUUUAAAGGGCCCAUGCAAUGUAAUUUUGUUUAAUGCAAUCCUUGCAAAUGCACCUUUGUGUCCCAUUUAACCCGACUUUCAAUUUUCUUUUUGCCAUUUUCAAAGGUAUUUUGGUGCCUUUUUGGUUUUUAUGCUAAUGCAAAUUUCCAUAUUCAUGAGCAAAAGUGUGAUGUCAUACCAGGCAGAAACCUCAAUGUUGCAGUUGUUUCAGCACCGCAAGUUGCAUGUUGGAGAUUUGCUGUUGUAAAUGUUCUUUUCUUUGGUGAUUCGUCGUUCUGUCGGUACAUGGCAGUAAGCCAAAGAGCAAACUUUUCUCUUUUGUCUUCAACGAGCAAGUUUUUGGGUCCACAAUUUGAACACAAAAUCCCUAAGCUGAACAGUGUCUUCCUGAAAUGACAUCACAGCAACACUGCCCUCAGUUGUCCAGAAAAAGCAUGGAAAAUGUUGAAUGUUUAAAGAAGUACACUUUUCAAUAAAAGUAACCAAAAAAUGGAUGUCAAAUAGUUUUCAUGCAUUUAACAGGGGGAGAAAGUAGCACAGAAUAUGUUCCUAAGAAAAAUUCACUGCAUGGCCCUUUAAACAGGUCUGAUUAAUUUCAAAGAACUACUUUAGAGCAUUAACACAAGUGACUUAAUACUGGUAUACAUGACUAAUACAAAUGUGUCUUAAUAAGAAGCAUGUGGUCAACAUAACCGUUUAAAA